GGGGGAAGGGGGAGGCGGAGAAGGAGAAAGAGGAGCGGGAUCAGGAGGAAGCAGACGAGGAGGGGAAAGCGAAGGAGGAGACAGAUGAGGGACGAGGAGGAAGGGGAGAAAGAGCGGCAACACCCUUGGGUGCGACGUCUCGCGAUGCUCAACGCCUCGCAUGCAUCGCCCAUGGUUCGGGUAGCAUUUGGCGGAGGGGAAAGGAUCCAGUAACCAUUAAGCACCUCCGCUCGAGCAGCGUUCGCCACCUCGAUUUGCCGAGGAACUAAAAGCGGGCGGCCGUUCUGCUUCGAUGCCGCAUGCUUAGCCAUGCGGUAAGUAUAGGGAGGAGGAGGAGAAAGGGGAGGAAAGGGAGGAGGAGGAGGAGGGGACGAGUAGGGAAAGAAGGCAGGAACAGGAUGACGAGAGCACAGCACGUCAGGAACGGCUCGCCCUCCUCUUCUCUGCGCGCUGCGCGCGCGGGUCGCCCGCCCACCGGCUCCUGGGCGCGCGUCCUUCCGAACGCUCGCCUAGCGCGCAGCCGCCCGCUCGCGAAAAGCCGCGUGGAGCCCGGCAGGUUUGGCACCAAUUUUCUGGCCCUCGCGGUGGCAGCGCCGCUCGGCCGCUGGUGGAAACAACAGACGAGUAUAGGGAGAAAAGGAGGAGGGGAGGAGGAGGAGGAGGAGGAGGAGGAAGAAGAGGAGGAGGAGAAGGAGGAGGAGCCACCCAUUCCACCAUUCGGGAGCAGUUCUGAGGCAAGGAUCGCCGAGACUGCGCCCAGAGAGCAAGCGAAAUCCGCUAAAGGACAGGCGGUGGCCCUUCACUCCGAAAAGACUCGCCUGCUGGGCAGCAGCAGCAGCAGCUGCCGGGCCACCGCGAGGACCACGGCGGCCAUGACAUCGCUGCGACCUUCACUUUGUGAAGGCUCGCCCGCUCAGCGCCGCGUGCCAAAGACGCAGGCCGGACCCGCAACUGCCUACCACUGCUCGUCGUCGCUGGGGAAAAAGCCGUCCUCCGGGCGGCGCGCAGAACUCGGGCCAAGUCUCUGAGGGGGCGGGACGCUCCUCAGAGGGCUUGCUCGAUGGAGCGCUCAACAUCCAGAGCCGCUGCUGGUGAAACCGCUAAUCACGCCCUACGCCCCCUCCUCCG